GGUGGUUGAAUGAUUUAACUAUAAACCUAUAAAAACACAGUUUGUUGUAUUCUGGUUAGUAUUGGUGUUUACUAGUAGCAAGCACAGUAAAUCAAAAUGCAUUUUAGUCUUUCAAUACUUGUUGCAGGCGCAGUAUUAACUAUUGCUGCCGCUCAGUUUCCUCAAUACCCCCCUCAAUUCCACGAAGGCCCACCACCACAGCCCUUCUCUCACCUACCCUCUCUACACAGGGGUGGUGCUCCUGGGGCUUACCAAAAUCGACCACCACCCCAUUUCAACCCUUUCGGUAACAUUUACAACCCCGAAGGGCAGAAACUAACCUGCCGGAUGGUGUGCGCCCCAUCUGAAGUCGAUGACGUCGAAACGGUCAAGAAACCAGAGAAAAAGAAUGACAGCGACGAGAAUAAGUUAGACAAUAACGAAUGAGUUGUUGAUUAUUGAAAUUAUUUCUAAUGAAAAUAAAUACAAUUUCUUUUGAGUA